UCGAGGAAAUCCCGGAACUACAAUCAAAGAGCCGCAGCGUUACUUGGAUUGUUCAGCACUUUUACAGCAGGGAUGGCCACCGCGCCACAGCCUUCACUUCACAUGAGAUCGGCUGAUCUCAUCAAAAAGGAGGCCCUGGACUACGGAGGCUUUGGGGAAGUGUACCUGUGCUACCAUGCCACCCUCGGCCAGGUGGUGUUGAAGACCAUGUACACAGGCCAUAUUCGCAACGAGGAGAAUAAAAGGUCUCUGCUGGAGGAGGGGAACAUCAUGGCGAGCCUGAACCAUGAGCGGGUGGUCAAGUUGCUGGGUGUGAUCAUGGAGGAUAGAGACUGCUCACUGGUCAUGGAGCUCCUCCCCAGAGGCAACCUGUCGGUCAUGCUGGAGACGCAGGUUUCUGUGCCAGUAUCCAUCAAGGGCAGAAUCAUCGUAGAGAUUUUGGAAGGGAUGGUGUACCUCACAGAGAGACGUGUCAUACACAAGGAUAUCAAGCCAGAAAACAUUUUAGUGGACAAGGAUUUUCACAUCAAGAUUGCAGACCUUGGCCUGGCCACCUGUCAGACAUGGAGCAAACUCACAAAGGAGGAGUCUCGCAGGAGGAGUCGUAUGGGGCGAUCGGCAGGGGCGAGAUGUGCAGGCACUCUGAGCUACAUGGCCCCCGAGCACCUGGAGAGUAUACAUACAGUCUCUACUGAGAAGUCUGACGUCUACAGCUUUGCAAUUGUGGUUUGGGUCAUCCUCACAGGGGAAGAGCCAUAUGCAAAUGCAAGGAGUGAAGAACAAAUCAGCCAGUGUGUCCGAAGUGGUCAGCGGCCAGCAGAGGACCUUAUUCCAGACAACACGCCAGCGGAGAUAAUUCAGCUGAUGAAGAGGUGCUGGGAUCAAAAUCCAGUACAACGGCCAACAUUUAAAGAGGGCUACGACUUCUUCCUCCCUUUCUACACAGAAAAGCUUGAGCCACAUGUAGAGGAAGAUUUACUUGAGCUGAGGAAAUAUGAAGGCCCAGAGGAACUUGUUGAGAAGAUGAAAUCUUUAUCAGUGACCCAGGAUUGUUUUUUGGCAGAUUCCCCAGCUCCUUUGGUGAGCUCAGACAGAAGUGUACCUGUGCCAGUUGAAGCCAGUAUUGAGGACCUGCAUGACAUCCACUUUGAGCCAGAGCCAGUGGAGUCUAUUCAGUCAGACGCAAAGGCGGUCCCUUCAGCUUUGGAGGAGAAACUAGGUCGGGAGCUUCAGUACCACAAAUAUGGUAGCUAUAACAGUGAGAACCAGGCUGAAGCUGCCAACGGUUACCAUCGCAGCAACUCAAAUCCAUUCCUGCAAAACCACUUCAGCUCAUCAGAUCACGCUAUCAGACAACCAGAACAAGACAGACCCUCUCAUGGCUCCUCUGUCCAUUCCUGGACAAAAGCUGAGCCGGUGCAGCCUUCCAGCCAGGAAGAGGCUUGGUAUCGCCCUACUGCUGGUCUCUAUGAUUCCAUGAACACCUCUAUACCUUAUCCAUCCCACCUUCCAAUGUCUACCAGCUCCCCUUCUCUAUCUCAAUUUAACCAGCAACAUCCACAUUCCCACUAUGACCGUCAGCAGUCCUGGCCAGCUUUUCAAGCGUCUGAUACAUCUGCUCCUGACAUCAGUCCUGGGCGUCUCCUGACUCCCUCUAAAUGCUGCUCAUCACAAGAUCCAGCAUCUCUUUACAUUUACAACGCCAGCGGGAUCCAGAUUGGGAACCACAACGCGAUGAGUAUCAGAGGUUGCGAUUCCAGUAGUUUAUCGUCUGUACCUUUUUGCCCAGUUAACUCUCCCAUCAAAGAAGGCAUACUGAAAUACGAGGACCACACUGUGACCGAGGAGCACCUGGAUCUGCUGAGGGACAACAUCGGAGCCAAAUGGAAGCGCUGCGCGCGGCGACUGGGUCUGACCACUGUGGAAAUAGAGACCAUUGAGCACGACUGUUUCCGCGACGGCCUGCCGGAGAUGGUUCACCAGAUGCUGGAUCGUUGGAAAAUGAAGGAGGGAAGCAUCGGCUGCACAAUCGGGAAGCUUUGUCGUGCUCUGGAUGGUACCAUAAAGGUAGAUGUCAUCCAGAAAAUACUGAACGCCUGCGGUUCUUCUUCCUAGAUCUGAUCAACUUUCUACCUCAUUCCCUCUAAAUGACUUUCUGCCCGUGAUGGUCAGGUUAGAGGCUCCCGUUCAACUCUAACAUAUUAACGCUGGUUCAUGUGCCACUGGUUUGAAAUAUCAUCUCUGUCUUCCCUGAUUAUAGUACAAGUGAGCAGAAUGUUGUUUGUGUUGCUCAGAGCAUUGAAAAUGGCAUACAGGAAACUCAGCUCAAGAAAAAGAUCUUUGUUAUUCAUAAUAACCAAAUAGCUCUCCGCCAACCGUUGUCAUAGAGAAAGUGUCUGUGGUGUCUUACUGGACACAACCUGUAAUUCAGUCAUUUCCCUAAAAUGAUCACCAGGACUUGACUUUUAUUGUGACAGUGUUAAAGCUCUAGGUGUAUUUUUAAAUGACUUUUUCUAUCUUUACGAGAAAAUUAGGAGUUCAGGUUCUCCCAAUGGAAUUUUGAAAUCAUUGUUUAUUUUGUAAUUUACUGUAAAGUAAUGAUGGCCUAAAUAAUUGUCUUUCUUAUUCAUGUGCCAGAUGAUAGGUUGUAGUUGGCAGAGGUGUGGACCAGAGUCACAGGACUUGGACUGGAGUCACAAAUGUUAUGACUUAAGACUCGACUUGCAUCUUGACUUGGAUUUUAAAGCCAAUGACUCGUGACUUCUAACUUGAAAAUAUUUGAUACCUCCUCCAAAGACCAAAGAUUAACAAGUAUGUUAUUCAAAAAGUGUGCCAUGAAUCAAUAAUCAUCCCUUCAUUUCCAGAACCGGCUAAUGUUAAUGCGAUUCCUUCCCAGCAUGUCACCACUUAAUUCCACAGAUCCACCUUGUUUGAACCAGUCUGACAGCAUCAAUUCAAGUUGCAGAAGAGAACCAUGAAGAACUAACAUUAUGUCACUGAGUGUCAGUCAGAAAAAGUAAUACCAAAGAUGUUUUUGUUUGCGUACAAAAACUACACGGUGGUCAACAAAAACCAGAUGGCCUUUUGGAAAACAUGCGGGUCAAUAAUUGCACAUGCAGACUUCCAACAAACUUGUUUUAAGAAAUAAAUACAAAAAUCAGAAGGCAUUCAUGGCUCUCUAAAGUUUAAUAUAUUAUUGCUCUGUUGUUGACUUGGCACUUGACUUGUGACUUGCAAAACAAUGGGCCUCAUGCAGCAACAGCCUCCAAAAUUUGUCUUAUAUUUUCUCUUAAUUUUCUGUUAAGAAAAAAAAAGAAAAGAGAAAUCAACUCCAAAUACACCAAAUGUUCUUAACCAUCCAAAUCUGCUCUUACCCAUGUGAGCUGCAUCAUGAAUCCCAGUUGAUAAUAAGUAACUUGUUUGCAUAGCUAACAACCCCUCAGCACUGUUUGCAGUGUGCAAAUACUCUGGCACAUGAACCAGAGAAUUCACGUUCUGUUGAAUAAACUUAAAGUGUUUUAGUGUAGUAGUGUUUUCAAAGUGUAACAGCUAUGGCUAAGCAUUCAUGAUGCUGUAAAUGCAGCGUCUGCAACAGUGGUGGAGUAAUUAUUUAGAUCCUAAAGUACUAAUAACACAUCAUAAAAAUACUCUGUUACUAGUAAAGGUCCUGCAUUGAAGAUGUUACUUCAGUAAAAAUAUGUAAAGUACAAUCAGGAAAAUGUAUUUAAGUUAAGUAGAAGUAUUUAAUGCGGAGAAAAAAAAGUAUUCAUCAAAACAUUUAAAUUAAUUAAAAGGAAAAGCAGCAAGUCAUCCUAUUUGAGAAGCUGAAAGCCUGAAAUGUUUUUGCAUAAAAUAUAAUUUAAACAGUUAUCCAAUUAAUUUUCUAAUCAAUUUCCUAGUCAUUUCAGCUGCACUUUAUUUUCAUAUUUUUGGUUUGUGUGUAAAAAUCUUACUUUGUAAAGUAACUAGUUACUGAAGUUAUUAAAUAAUUACAGUGGAAAAAAUUACAAUUAUUCAGUAGUAGAAAAUAGGAAGUUACAUUAGAAUAAAUUACUCAUCUGCGGCCUCACAUUUGUACUUAAGUACAGUAUUUGAGUAAAUUUACUUACAUUACAUUAAACUACUGGUCAGCAGAGGGACACACAGUAACUUAAAUUACAGUAUUGGGAUCAAUGGACCAAGUGUAGUAGUAUUUCUUUAGCCCACACAUUUAAUAAUUCAGUCAUUUAAAAUUACUCUAAAACAUAAUCUCAGUUUAAUUACAAUAUAUUUAUAUAUUUGUUGAUGUUCUCAAAUUUAAAACUUAUUUUUCCUGGCUUUGGACAAAAGUAUGUGGACGAUGAAAACCAGACUUAUACAAACAAAAUAGGAGAAAAUGUGUUAGUCGGUUGUUGCAUGAGGCCCAGUGACUUGGUCCCACCUCUGGUGCCUCUUGGCAUGUAGCAAGUCAAAGCGAGAGUUUUUUAAAGAUUUAUUACAAAAGUAAUAGUUUUACUAUAAAGUCAAGUUUUUUUUGUUUGUUUUCAGAAAUGUUUCUCAAUGUGAUAGCCAAUAUGUUUGUAGACGGUUACUGUAGCUUUAACUGAAUAAUGAGCUCAUAUUCAGGGACAAUCAGAUUGUGUGUGUAGUAAACAUUUAUGCCAGCCCAACACAAACAUCAUGACUUUAAUCACAGGACAGAUAAAGUGGAAAAAUGUCAACAGAAGGACAGAAAACUUAGUGCAGUAUUCCACUAAUCCAUGUGUAUAAUUUCUGUUACCCAUGUGUCCAGUAGGGAGCAGUAGACAAUAUACUAUUAAGUAAGUUCCCUUUUUUAUUCUCAGAUCUGCUGUAGAUUAUGUGCUGUCAAUUCAGUGUAGGUGCAUGAAUUACUACUUGGCUGCUUGUUUGAGUGGUCAGUGUGUGGAUUUACUGUAAUGAUAAUAAUGCAAUGAUAUCAGAUUAUCUGUAAACUGACGAACUACUGUGCUGCACUAUAUCACAACUGUACCAAGCAUUAUGAUGAUUACAAAAUACUUUUCUCAGCAUUUUAAGAUUAGAUUGUCUCGGGGAUGUUCUGAUGUCAUAUUCUGUUUCAUUACAAAAUUUACUGUACCUUUUCUACUUGGACUCGACGGCUGCGAUGUUCCUCUCACUACACAAUAGUAGACUGACGUGUAGCACAAAAAAAAUGUCACCGCCCUGUUUUCACUCUACAUUUCUACAAGCCUUUCUCAAACCUGGAUGUAUUUUAAAGCCAUUUUCAUAUUUUGAAUAAACUGUGUACAUAUGUUUCUAAAAUUCCAA